AUGAAUGUAACAAUUACUCUCGAAUUAUACAUAUUUAGUAACAACUCAACGGUUGGGUUAGUUGAAUCUUGGUUUAUUCCAACAAAUAUUUUUAUGAUUAUCUGUUCAGCAUUAAUUAUUAUAUUGUCGAUUAUCUUUCUCUUCAUCAUUAUCAUUGACAAAACAUGUCAUACUGUUCCAAUGUUAUUAAUGACUAAUACAUGUUUCGCUGCACUUGUUUUAGGAUGUACGGUUCUCACUGUAGGAGUAUUUGUAUUACAGAAUGAUCUUAAACAGCAAGAUUAUAAAGAUCCUCUUUGCAUUACUCGAGCCUAUCUCAUCUAUACAGCCUGCGGUAUUUUUAAUUUUUCAUUCACUUUACAAUCUUUGUAUCGAUACACGAUUGCUGUUUAUCCCAGUCGUCUACUUUUUCGAUCAUUUCGAUGUCAAACUUCAUUUAUUUGUUUAACAUGGAUAGUAUCUAUUAUAUUUCCUUCUGAAUGUAUUCCUACUCAAGAAAUAGUCUACGUAGUAGAGACUCAUAUGUGUCAAGCAAAACUUCAUCCAUCUGUAUGUAUUAUUUGUGGAAUCUUUUGUAAUUUUAAUUUACCAAUUUCAAUAAUUAUUUUCAUCUAUUUGAAAUUAUUUCGAUACGUGAAACAGACGGGUAAGAAUGCCGCUGCAUCAAACUCCUUAGCGCGAGCUAAGCGAGAAUUGAAAGCUAUUCGUCGUAUUGUAAUAUUGAUAAUAACAUUGAUUGUCAUCUCCUUUCCAUAUCUGAUCAUCGUCACAAUGUCAUUUAUUCAACCAUCGAUGAAACGAUAUGCACGUAUUGCUUAUGCAUUUUUUCAAUUAUCAAAUCUCUCAGCAAUGAUUUAUUUGUUUUUCAUAACAACUCCAUUAAAGGAAUUUGUGAUGAAAAGAUUACGUCGUAAAUCAAAUGUAAUGACACCAUAA